UUACAAUUAAUGAGUAAUAGGGAAUAUGAUUACUUGUUUAAGCUUGUUAUUAUUGGUAAUAGUGGAGUAGGCAAGUCUUCUCUACUUCUCAGAUAUACUGAUGAUACAUUCAGUGAAAAUUAUAUCUCCACCAUAGGAGUUGAUUUUAAGUUAAUUCAAAUUUUAAAAUAGAUUCAAAACCUUUAGACUUGACGGCAAAGGCUUAAAAUUAUAAAUAUGGGAUACUGCUGGUUAAGAAAGAUUUAGAACUAUUACAAAUGCCUAUUAUAAAGGAGCUGAUGCGUAUUAUUAUAUUUUCUAAACUCUAGUAUUGUUCUUGUUUAUGAUACUACAUGUACAUAAUCAUUUUCGGAAAUUGAAAAAUCUUGGAUUGAUGAAAUUUAUAAACAUGCAGGGAAAAAUACAACCAUUCUUCUUGUAGGGAAUAAAUGCGAUUUACCUAACAAAUCUGUCACAACUGAAAGAGCUUAAGAAUACGCAAAAGAAAAACUUAUGUUAUUCUAUGAAACCAGUGCUAAAUCCUCUCAUGGAGUAUCUUAAGCUUUUGAAGAAUUAUCUAGAUUGCUUAUUAUUAAACGAGACAUGAAAGUUGAAGAAAAAAAAUUAAAAAGAAAAUAAAAAAAAGUAUUUCCUCACUUCAUAUAUAGGAUUCUUCUUCUAAUUCAGAUUCUGAUAAAAAAAAUUCUUCUGAAACUUCUAAUGAACCAUAAGAAAAUAUCAAUUUAUGGUUAAGACCUAAUAAAAAAAUAGAGGAGGAAAAAUAAUAAUAAAAAUGUAAUUGUUGA